AGACGGCGGGCUAGAGCCAACACAAUAGCGGCACGUACCACAUCGUGCGUUGCUCACUUUGCAUCGAGUUCUGGCCCAGCUAUGCCGACCCUGCCGCGGUUGAACAACCCGCGAUUUGGCGAUGAGGCGUCCCACCACGCAGAGCAGCCGUCCAAUGUGAAGUGGCCAUGGGCUUACGCCCCGACGAACGCGAUCGACGCACCUGACGUGAAUAUGUACCAGCGCGCCAUCGCACUGUCCGAGCACAUGGAGACUUCUAUCAUCGGCAUGAACGCGGAGCAGUACUUGGAGCGACUCGGGAGUGGGAAAUGCUCGACGACACGCGUCAAAGUGGACCCGGUUGCAAACGUGUACACGAUUCAUGCAUCCUCCGUGUUCCCGGCAACCCUGGCAGAAGUCCUUACGCUCUUUGAGGACGAGCCCACGUCCCACACAGAUAUGUUCUUGGCACGGACGUUCGGCACUUCGCUGGUGUCCAACUCGGACGUCCGCCGACAAAAACCAAUGACUGCAACGACCGUCCGCGGCCUUACCAAAGCCAAAGCGUCGGUGGCGAGUGGGAGCCGCCAACCGAGCCACAGCUGCAGCAGCCAUUCCGGCGGCGAUUCCAAAUUGUUGUCGAACUCGUCAUCGUCGUCACCACAGACGACAACGACUACAUGCAACAUUCGCUCGCUUGCUAUCAAGAAAGCGCUGUUCCAAGAUUCCCGGGGUGCGCUCAACUUCGUCGCCAAGCCCGCGCUACGGGACUUCUUGUACAUGAACUACCUAGAGCAUAAGUCCGACUCGGCGUUUGUCCGCAUGAUCAAGUCGGUGGAUGUUGCGUCCGAGUGCCGCACGCCACGCCAUGGCAGCGACAAUGAUUCAGUUGACCGUCACCAGCACGUUCUGAUGUGCUACCUCGUCCAAGCGAUCAAUCCGUCGAACACCGCGACGGCGAUUGCCACGAGCCGCGUGCGUGUAAGUUUUGUAGGCCACUACUGCUACGCCGAUGGCUUGAUCGACGACACGAAGCGCCUAUUGACGAAAUUUGGAGAUGCUGUCGAGAUGAUCCCGAAGUGGCACUUGCAGCAGCGCUUGGCAGCGCGCCUCUUAGGAGCGGUUGGGCAGCAAUCAACAGCGGUACCGUCGAGAACCCCAGGGGACCCAGCGUUCGCCUGCCGCGUAUGCGCCCGUACAUUCACGGCGUUCAUGAAGCAGCGCGUUUGUCGCCUCUGUAGUGAAGUCGUGUGCUCAGCGUGCUCAACUGCCCAACAAGUCCCUGCACAUGACGUGGUCGUCGAAAUUCGAGUGUGCGUCGCGUGCGUGGAAUCUCUUAAACCGAAUGGCGCCUCGCCAUUCGCUGAACCAACCUCGACAGCCCCGGCGAUCCUUCUCGCACCAGGGCUCAUGAAAGCGCUGAAAACGUCGUCGCUAUCCCCGGCAACUGCCGCCUCCACUGCCGGCACCCACCCCGGUCCUGAACCCUCGAGCGAACCACUGUCUCGACCACCCUCGACACUCUUCACCCCCAGCAAGAGCUGGAAACAUACAAUGGCAGCGACGGUGGCAGUGCGGCUUCACACCAUGCAGCACGCCGACCGACACCAAACGUUGUUGGACGUGGCGUGCAUGAUGACGGCUCGACGCAUGGGCUGCGCGAGUGCAGCAGUGACGUUGGUCGAUCCGACCGACCGGUUUGUGUCCAAGGCUGUCCAUGGAGUGUGUGGACCGCACGAUUUGUUCCUUCACCACGUCCUGGCCACUGCGUCGCUGAAUGAAGGGAACGCCCAGUGUGUGUUUGUUGUUGAGGACGCGCAAAUGGACGGCCGGUUCACCAAGUCGGCAGCUCGGGGCACUCGCUGCUUCUACGGCCUCCCCCUGACGGUCCGUUCAGGUCCCUCCAAAGAGAUUCAUGCCGUCGUCGGGGUCGUGAGUGUGUCGGAUCCAACACCGCGAUCGGGUUUGCUGCACGAGAAGCACGACGAUGUCAUGGUCGAAUUCCAGCAAACCGUGUUGAAACUGCUGGAACCUGCCACCGCUCGCCCGGCCGCCACCUAGCACCUGAAACCCACAUCGUUAUGUACACAUAGAAGCAAGAUAUGAAAUCGACGUGCGCAGACUCGAGGCACGUUCGGAACCUG